AUGGCCCAAGAUCCUCGUGCCCUCCUGCAAAAAGCCGAUAAAGCUCUUUCCAGCGCCUCGGGCGGCUUUAGCUGGUUCGGUGGACGCUCAGAGAAAUAUGAAAAUGCGGCCGAUCUGUAUACUCAGGCUGCAAAUGCCUUUCGAGUACAGAAGAUGAAUAAGGAAGCCGGUCAAGCCUUCGAGAAAGCAGCUUCCGUUCAAACUCAGAACCUCAACGAGCCCGACGACGCCGCCAACACUCUCCAGGAAGCGUUCAAGGUCUACCGCAAAUCCGACCCGGAGGAUGCAGCCCGUGUCCUGACUAGCGCUAUCAAUCACUAUGUACUACGCGGAAACUUGCGCCGUGCUGCAACACAGCAGCAAUACCUGGCCGAGCUGUACGAGGUCGAACUCGGCGAUAUGAAGAAGGCUUUGGAGGCAUAUGAAAAGGCGGCGGAUUGGUUCGAGGGUGACAAUGCCGAGGCUCUCGCAAACAAGCACUUCCUGAAGGUCGCCGAUCUGGCUGCCCUGGAAGAGGACUACUACAAGUCUAUCACAAACUAUGAGCGUAUUGCCCGCCAGUCAAUCACGAACAACCUCAUGAAGUGGUCUGUGAAAGACUACUUCUUGAAGGCAGGAAUCUGCCAUCUCGCCACAAAGGAUCUGGUUGAGACCGCACGAGCUCUCGAGACCUACCGCGAGAUUGACCCUGCCUUCGCUUCGACCCGGGAGCACCAACUUCUCGUUGACCUCCUCCAGGCCGUAGAGUCCGGUGAUCAGGAGGGCUUUGCUGAUAAGCUCUUCCAAUUUGACCAGCUCAGUAAGCUGGACAAGUGGAAGACCACCCUUCUGCUUCGGGUCAAGAGCAAUAUCGAAGAGGCAGAGGAGGACUUCUCGUAG